AAACAAGCUUGGGAAAAAAAACCCUGUCUGUCUCCUCAUUCAUGUCCCUCUCUGUCCAUCUUUCUCUCUCUUCACCCUCGAGCAGCCAGGAGCUAUGGUCGCAGAAGAGGUCGCUCUUCACUGUUUCCUUUCGAGGACGGCUUCCUGGACGACGGUCACGGUGAUCAGCGGCUGACCUCUGGCCUGAGCUCGCCCAGCCGCUGUCAGAACGGAGAGAGGAUUGAGCGCUACUCCAGGAAGGUGUUUGUCGGAGGACUGCCACCAGACAUCGAUGAAGAUGAGAUCACCAACAGUUUCCGUCGCUACGGUCACCUGGUGGUGGACUGGCCUCAUAAAGCAGAAAGCAAAUCCUAUUUUCCCCCUAAAGGUUAUGCUUUCCUGCUCUUCCAGGAGGAGAGUUCGGUCCAGGCCCUCAUUGACGCCUGCAUCGAGGAGGACGGGAAACUCUACUUGUGUGUCUCGAGCCCCACUAUUAAAGACAAACCAGUCCAGAUUCGCCCGUGGAACCUGAGUGACAGUGAUUUCGUGAUGGAUGGCUCUCAGCCUCUCGACCCACGCAAGACCAUUUUUGUGGGAGGCGUUCCACGACCUCUACGUGCAGUGGAGCUGGCUAUGAUCAUGGACAGACUGUAUGGAGGUGUGUGUUACGCCGGCAUUGACACUGACCCAGAACUCAAAUACCCUAAAGGUGCGGGCCGAGUGGCCUUCUCCAAUCAGCAGAGCUACAUCGCUGCCAUCAGCGCCAGAUUUGUCCAGCUGCAGCAUAAUGACAUUGACAAACGGGCCGUUUCCAUACGGCCAACAAUACAAACUGUGGAAACCCCAGAGCAGACUGUGUGUAAUCAACAUGACCAUGGGCUUCUGGAGGCCUGACAGCCAUUUGAAGUCUCAGACGUGGCGUUUGUUAAUUAUAGCUCCAUGCUAUUCCUGUGCGCAUA